CUAAAAAUUAUAUUAAACGACUUACUUGCAAAAAUCAAAUAUGAAGAAAUUAAUGAUGCAGACGAACUUAGAAUAUGUUUACGACAAGAAGCUGCAAGAUGGGCAUGUUUUCUCGGUGAAAUCAAUUGUAUGGAAGAAGCGAAAAAUAAAUUAGAACAACAUCUCCAAGAUCCUAUAAAACACAGACUUUGCCAUGGUGGAAGACAUGGACAUAUUGUAGAGGUUUGAUGAAAACUACGAGAAAUGAGACCACUUUUGAAACAGUGUAUAAUAGAGGAUUAAAAAAAACUGACAUUAAAUUUUCAGAAUACUUGGCUUGCAUUGAAGAUAUCGAUUUCAUCAAAAAAUAUUUAAGUCGUAAACAGGACACUUAUACAAAACAGGAAGAUCAAUUUCUCGUUAACAGGUUCUUACAUUUUAUUACAAAGCAGGCGAAGAAUCCAGAUAUAUUGUCGUAUAUAUUAGAUAAUUUUACCAAAAUAAAACCAAAAAAUGUUAAUAUAAUUGCAGCAUUAAGUAUUAUGAUUAAUAACGUAUAUUCCAAAAAUUUAGCUCUGAAAAUAAUGAUGAACGCUUACAGUAUUCUAGAAACUAACUUAGUUGAAGUAAAUAACACAAUUCAUUAUAGAAGACUUCAAAUAAAGGAGAUGAGAGACAGUGCGAUAAAUUACAUAUACGCCCGAAUUAUGAUCCGGAUUUAUUUUCGCAACAAACAAAUCCAAAGACAGAAGCAGUAUUUUGAAAGUCUUUUGUUCUAAUCUGUGAGUGUAAAAAAGAAAUUGCAGCUUUGCAUACGU